AUGAACCUAAACAGAAGGGUUGGGGGGGGGGGGGGGGGGGGGGGGAGGGACUCAACCAAAUUUCAUUAUAUCGUUCUCCCUUCAUAUUUCGUAUCAAAAGCAGCCUUCAAUGCCUACACAAGGAUUGCUGCCAAGAAGUACCACACUGUCUGCAUCAACUGUGUCGAUCCAGGCUUCAUCAAAACAGAGUUCAACUACAACACUGGCAUAUUGGCUGUCCAAGAAGGCACUGUCAGCCGUGUCAGAGAAGCACAGAUGCCCCAUGGUGGACCUCCUGGUGUCUUCUAUGCUGAGAAGGAAAUAACAAUUGAAAAUAAUGCGUUACAGUCCCACUGA